GCCCCUCGGCGCGGGAGCGCGCGCGCGCGUGCGGGAGGGGGCGGGUGGGGAAGCCGCGGCACGAAGCUCCCGGAGGCGAGGCUCGCGCGCCCGCCCCCGCCCUGGCCCCAGCGCCCACCCGGUCGGCCCCGGCCCAGCCAUGAUCAAGGCCAUCCUCAUCUUCAACAACCACGGGAAGCCGCGGCUCUCCAAGUUCUACCAGCCCUAUAGUGAAGACACGCAACAGCAAAUCAUCAGGGAGACUUUCCAUUUGGUGUCUAAGCGCGAUGAGAACGUUUGUAAUUUCCUAGAAGGAGGAUUAUUAAUUGGAGGCUCUGACAACAAGCUCAUUUACAGACAUUAUGCAACACUGUAUUUUGUCUUCUGUGUGGACUCCUCAGAAAGUGAACUUGGCAUUUUAGAUCUAAUUCAAGUAUUUGUGGAAACAUUAGACAAAUGUUUUGAAAAUGUUUGUGAACUGGAUUUAAUAUUCCAUGUAGACAAGGUUCAUAAUAUUCUUGCAGAAAUGGUGAUGGGGGGAAUGGUAUUGGAGACCAACAUGAAUGAGAUUGUCACACAAAUUGAUGCACAAAAUAAACUGGAGAAAUCUGAGACCUUUAUCUUUCAGUCUCCCAGACAGGACAGGUAGACAAGCAAAUAGUUUACACUGGCCUAUUUUGUAUCAGUCAAGAUUUUUCUCAGGUAACAACAGCUUUAUUAUUAUUAUUAUUUUAAUUAAGAGAGGUAGGAUUACAGAAGACAAAAACUUAAAUUAUGAAAAGGGACUUUAAAACUAUUGCUUCUAAUUGUAUGGAUAUUUCCUUUUCAUAUAUAUAUAAUUGAUCAGAGGGGAAGGGUUCUUUUUUAUUAUUUGUUUUGUGUAAAACAGUGCCAUUGAACUCAGAUGUAUUUGUUGACUUUUGCUUUUUAUAUAGUCUGAAUUUUUAAAAAAACAAUGAAAUCUUACUGGCGUAUGUUAAAUCUUGACACUGAAGCCUAUUAAUAAAAUUCAAAAGUUACAUAUGUUCAUUUAAAGCUUAAUUUUUGUCAAAUUAUUUGACAAAUUACAAAUGUUCCUAUUAGAGGAAGCCAAGUGUUAUGUACCAAUGGUGAUAACUAUAAAUUUAAAAUUCAUUUCUUUACAUAUACUAUUCUUUCUCCAAGUUUGUGUGGUUGAAACUUGACUUGUGUUAUUGAGUUUACUUCAGAUGACAAAGCAUGUUUAAUCAUUAGAUUCCCACUAAUGAGUUGCUCAAAAGAGUCUCCAUGCAGUUUCAGCUUUGGAAAAAUUUGUUCUUUUUAGACUCAGGCUUCCCUAAGGGUAUGAUUUCUUUUUUUUUUUAAUUUAGUGUAUUAGACCUUUCUUAGAAAAGUUUGGAAGAGCCUUCAUAGUAUUAAAACCAAUUUCAUUGUUUUGAAAUGUAAGGGGAACCCAGAAUGAAGAAACUAAAUAAUUACUAUUACUAUUAUUUUAUAAACAUAUAUUGAUGAUAAUUUCCAUUUUAAAAUAAAAAAUAAAUCUGUCAUGCUUGAUUAGGGCAUUUUAAUAAGGAAACUAAUAAUAAUCAUUCUUCAAAACUCAUCACUAUUAAAAUUGUAGCUAAAAAUUUAGGUUUUAUGUGAACAUUGUGUGUGGUAUCUGGCUAGCACACAUAACUCGUACUUAAAUCUUUCUUUACAUCGUUAUUGCAUGUAUUCACUGUAUAUUCUAAUGUGUCAACUGUUUUUUCUUUAUAGAUUAGUAUUUCAAAGUAACCAUCUCAUACCGAUUCAGACUACCAUCUGUUCUAAGCUUGUUAUGUGAAAACCUUUAUCAUCGUCUUCCAUUGCUAAGUUUGUUUGUAAUGAGCUACACCUGAGUUGUACAUUUUCUUUUUCUUUUAUUUGCUUCCG